GAGACAAAGUUGCACGUCCGGAGUGCACGGGCGCGUGAGGCCCACGGGAGGAGGUGUGCGGCUCCUCGCAGGAGUCCGAGUGUCCCCGCUGUUCCCUGUGCUGCCUGCGAGCGCCACUUUAGGGGAAGAGCACCCGCUUAUCCCCGCGGCGGCGAGGCUGGGGUGCCGGGCUUACUCGGCGCCAACGGGAACGAAGGCACUGAUUUGAGUCCUGUCGUAGCAGUAUUUAUUAUGUCUUUACUGUUUGUAGAGACAUAUUUCGGGGUUUUGAGUAACAGAACAAAUUAGAAAAACUGUCUGAGACAAUUGAUAUUGUAAAGAAAUUUUAGCAGACGAUGGAUCGGAAGAAAAGCCUAAAGAUUAGGUUGUAAGAAAAACCGGAGCCAUGUUUCGAAGACCUGUGCUACAGGUAUUUCGUCAGUUUGUAAGACAUGAGUCAGAAGUAGCCAGCAGUUUGGUUCUUGAACGAUCUCUGAAUCGGGUUCAGUUACUUGGACGAGUAGGUCAGGACCCUGUCAUGAGACAGGUGGAAGGAAAAAACCCAGUUACCAUAUUUUCUCUAGCAACAAAUGAGAUGUGGCGAUCAGGGGACAGUGAAGUAUAUCAAAUGGGUGACGUCAGUCAGAAGACAACAUGGCACAGAAUAUCAGUGUUUCGACCAGGCCUCAGAGAUGUGGCAUAUCAGUAUGUGAAAAAGGGGGCUCGUAUAUUUGUGGAAGGGAAAGUGGACUAUGGCGAAUACAUGGAUAAAAACAAUGUGAGGCGGCAAGCAACAACCAUCAUAGCUGAUAACAUUAUAUUUCUGAGUGAUCAGACAAAAGAAAAGGCAUAGAACGGAUGAUUCUUCUUUGAUCAUUGUUUGGUACAGUCUCCUUUGCAAAUCAUGUAUAGUCUAUAGUUUAAAGAUAAAAAUUAAAAUUUUUAUAU